UGUAAUACCCAUCGUUAGGUUUAAGUCUCUUAGCAAUCACUGCCUUUGAGUACUCGUUUGUCUCCUCCACUGACUAGAUGAAAUAAAAAGCUCCACAAUCUAUCACUCAUACAAAGAAAAGAAAUCGAUGUCUGUUACUAUUUGGUGAUUUAGGCAACAUAGCACUUCGUGUUAAACUUUCUUUUGCAAUGUUGUCUUGAGGCAGUGCUAUGGACCUCAGCAAGCUACCACCAUGUUAAAAAAAGGGCUAAAAGCCUGGAAUAGCGGCUAAGUGUAAGUGACAUACGUCGAGCUGGGGGUGAUUAACCUGAACUGUAUAAAUUCUCUCUGAAACAGUAUCAAAUUCUGCUGAGGUAAGCUUGCAAUUAACCGAGAGACACGCUUCACGGGACCCUUUUUCUUUUGUGAAAUGUCACCCUUGGUUGUCUCUGCUUCUCUCCAUAUGACUCUAUUGACUACUCUCACUAAAGAGUGAACACAGCCGUUGGUUGGUGGCAUAUUAUUGUUGUUGAUUUAUUACCUUUUUUUAACUUGUUCUCAACAUCUUUUUGCUUUGCAACUUGUGGAUAACUCUGGUGCAGGCAAGAAAAGGCUUAUAGUAAAAGGAUCAUUAUCAUGAAUAUCAAGCAUCCAAUUUUUAUGUUAAUUGAGGGUCUAGUACUAGACAUCUUACCCAUGUGUGACCGUAUGACCAAAAGGUAUAUCUAAUAUCACCCAUUCGUUGCUGUCCCCACAGAGCACAAAUUUUCUUAUUCAUACAUUAAGCAUAUCAAUUCCAUGUCCAACUCCAUCAAUCAAAUGCGUGCGUCUGUGUGUGCUCGUGUGCGUGUCAGUGUAUAUAUACGUAUGAAGCCUAGCAAAGCUGUCAACUAGUCCCAAACUAGCUCCUAGCAUAAGUAGAAGAACUACCUCACUACCUGUAUCAACCGCCACUUCCUCUUAUAAUCCUCACCCUCUCUCUCACUCUAUUCAAACAUCAUAGUUCAGCACUUGAGUUAUUAGUAUCAACCACGAAUGUCCACAAGUUGAGAAAGAAAAGCAAAAGAUGGAAGCUGUUAAGUUGGUGUCUAGUGAUCCAAGUGAGAGACCAGACACAUACCGAGUCGCUUACAUAAUUCAUUUCUUGCUUGGUGCUGGCAACUUGCUCCCUUGGAAUGCCUUGAUCACUGCAGUGGAUUACUUUGCCUACCUCUAUCCCACCAAACACAUAGAAAAGGUGUUCUCUGUGGCCUAUAUGAUUUCAUCUGUGAUGGUGCUUCUUGGGAUGAUCAGUUGGGGAGGUUGGAGCAAAACAACAUUGAGGCUGAGAAUGAACUUGGGGUUCUCCAUGUUUGUUAUGUCUCUUAUGGUAGCCCCAGUCAUAGACUGGACCUCGAGCAGCACCAAGCUCAAUGAGAGACCGAGCGGCGCCUACGGCUUGACGGUUGCAGCAGUGGUGAUAUGUGGUUUAGCUGAUGGCUUGGUGGGUGGAAGCUUGAUAGGAUCAGCUGGAAAGCUCCCAAAACAGUAUAUGCAAGCAGUUUUUGCUGGAACUGCUUCUUCAGGUAUUAUAAUUUCGAUCUUGAGGAUAAUAACCAAGGCAUCACUCCCACAAACCCCAAAGGGCCUCAAAAUAAGCGCUCACUUGUACUUCAUGGUUGCCACCAUUUUCCUCCUAUGUUGUGUUAUCUUUAGCAACUUGCAGCACAAGUUACCGGUGAUGCAGCAGUAUCAUCAGAGGCUUCAUCAGGAGAGCACCUUGUGCACAGGGACAAAAUUUUGGGCAGUGGCAGGAAAAAUCAAGGGGGCAGCUUUUGGAAUUUUCAUAAUCUACAUAGUGACUCUGUCUAUUUUCCCAGGAUUUAUUGCUGAAGAUCUUGAAUCCAAGCUUCUAAGGGAUUGGUAUCCUAUUUUACUGAUAACAGUUUAUAACUUGGCUGAUCUCAUUGGAAAGUCUUUAACUGCCUUCUAUGUUAUGCAAUCUAUGACAAGGGCAAUAUGGGUAGCCACAGCUAGGCUACUAUUCUAUCCACUCUUUGUAGUGUGUCUUCAUGGACCGAAGUGGCUGAAAACUGAAGUACCUAUGGUGGUUCUGACUUUUCUGCUAGGAUUUAGCAAUGGUUACCUUACUAGUGUCCUUAUGAUUCUAGCACCCAAGUCAGUGCCUUUGUCAGAAUCUGAGUUAUCUGCUAUUGUCAUGACAGGGUUCCUUGGGUUUGGCUUAGUUGGUGGUUCAGUUCUUGGCUGGUUCUGGAUCUUAUGAAGGCCUACUUCUGUUGCAAUAAAAUGAGCAAAAAGGCAGUAGCAUUCAUUGUCAAUCGUGAGGCAAGAAAGCCUUGGUAGUAACCUUGCCCCGACUUGGUUGUUUUGUUUCUUUAUUUGUUCUCUAAUGUCGUGAGUGUCAUAUCUUAGCAUGCCAGAACAUGGGAAACAUGGAGGUUAUAAGGAAACUUGUAUGUAGGUUAGAAAUGUACUGUAAGAAUCCGUAAAUUGAAUGGAAGUUAAGAUCUGCUUUAAUAGAAACAAUAUUUUCUUGCAACAAA